AUGGUCGAGUGUCCUGUUUGCAGCAAGCCUGUCAAAGACAACCGCAUCAACGAGCAUCUUGACAGCGACUGCAAGGAACACCUCUUGGAGCAGGAGGUCAAGCAAGAACCGGUCAACACGCCAAACCCGGGCAAGACUCACAGCUUCUUCACACCUGGGACGCGCAAGCCAUCGGCGACACAGAGAAAUGGCCAUCCGACGUCUUCACCCCCCCUACCGCAAGCGACACAGCGCAUAGCAGAACGCCCGAAGACGCCACCAGCACCAGCACCGCCAGCACCGCCAGCCACGAAGCGCUCACUCGACGAUGCGACAGAAGGGCAGACGAAUGGCGCCAGUCAAUCGCCCAUAGCGGCCAAGCGAGCCAAGCGGCUCAAGGUGGUAGAGGAUGCCAUGCCGCUGGCCGAGCGGAUGCGCCCGACGUCGCUAGACGAUGUAUGCGGGCAGGAGCUGGUCGGACCCAAUGGCAUCCUGCGAGGCAUGGUCAACGAGGGGAAGCUGCCCUCUUUGGUCCUGUGGGGACGACCGGGGACAGGCAAAACCACCAUUGCCCGGCUGAUUGCCAACACAUCGGGUGCCCGCUUCGUCGAGAUCAACAGCACAAGCACAAAAUUGGAGGAAGUCAGGAAGAUAUUCGGAGAGGCGGCAAGAGACCUGCAGCUCACGGGCCGCAAAACAAUCGUCUUCUGUGACGAGCUGCACCGCUUCUCCAAAACGCAGCAGGACGCCUUUCUGGGACCUGUAGAAUCUGGCAUCAUCACCCUGAUUGCUGCGACUACCGAAAAUCCGUCCUUCAAAGUCAUCUCCGCCUUGCUCUCGCGAUGUCGGACCUUUACGCUCGACGACCUGAAGGAGCCAGACCUGGUGCGCAUACUGGAGCGAGCAGCCGUGGCUGAGAAGUGCGAAUCGCCGCUCAUCGACAAGGACAUGUUGCAAUACUUUGCUCGCUUCUCCGACGGUGACGCGCGAACUGCCCUGAACCUUCUCGACCUGGCCAUGAACUUGUCCAAGAGCCCUGAAAUUACCAAGGAGAAGAUUCUACAAAGCCUCACCAAGACACUUGUGUACGACCGUGCCGGCGACCAGCACUACGACAGCAUAUCCGCCAUGCACAAGUCGAUACGAGGGUCUGACGCAAACGCCGCUCUGUACUACCUGGCGCGCAUGCUCGAGUCUGGAGAGGACCCACGCUACAUAGCACGGCGACUGAUUGUCGUUGCGUCUGAGGAUGUCGGACUAGCAGACAACUCAAUGCUCUCACUUGCGACCGCCACGUACUCUGCUUGCGAGAAAAUAGGCCUGCCGGAAUGUCGCAUAAAUCUCGCCCACGCUGUGAUAGCCUUGACACUCUCACCCAAGUCGACUCGCGUUUAUCGCGGCCUAAAUAACGCUAUGGAGGCGCUCAAAGAGCCCGGUGUCGCUGCCCUGCCCAUACCAUACCAUCUACGCAACGCACCCACGAGACUAAUGAAGGAUAUGGGCUAUGGCGAAAACUACAAGUACAACCCACAUUAUCUUGAUGGCAAGGUGAAGCAAGACUACCUACCCGAGGAAAUAAAAGGCCGCACGUUCCUGGAAGACCUGGACCUGGGCACCAAAGUUGACCCAGACAUGGUCGAAGACGACGAGCUGCAGCCCGAGCUAGACGACUGA